GAGACGUGGCGGCGGCGGCGGGGCCGGCAGCGCGAUGAUCACGGACGUGCAGCUCGCCAUCUUCGCCAACAUGCUGGGCGUGUCGCUCUUCCUCCUCGUCGUCCUCUACCACUACGUGGCCGUCAACAACCCCAAGAAGCAGGAGUGAGGCGACCCACCGUGAGGCACCGCGCCGGCACCACACCGGCACCGCGCCGGCACCGCUCACCCCUCUCCCUCCCGCAGGGCUGAGCUGCACCGCGCCAUGGUGGCCGUGGGCGAGCAGGGCCCGGCCAAGCGCGGCCCCUCAGCCGACCGCCUGCAGCGUGGCAGUGCCCGCCGCGGUGC